AUGAACAUUCAGUGGGCAAAAUUGUUUUUAAGUUGGCUGAUCCUGUGCUUGGACACCUGCCUAAGCCAGAAAGACUGCACAGGUGUUGAUUGUCCCAGUCUGCAGAGCUGCAUCGAAACGGUGUUGGAGAAGGCCGCCUGCUGUCCCACCUGUACUCAAAGGGGCUGCACCUGUGAGGGCUACCAGUACUAUGACUGCAUCCAAGCGGGCUUCCGGAAAGGGAAAGUCCCAGAGGGGGAAGCUUACUUUGUGGAUUUCGGAAGCACUGAAUGCACCUGUCCUCUGGGCGGCGGGAAGAUAAGCUGUCAUUUCAUCCCGUGCCCUGAAAUUCCCCCCAACUGCGUUGAUAUUUUACAGCCUGCAGACGGAUGUCCACAAUGUGGGAAAAUUGGCUGCACCCAAGGCAACAAGAAGUACGAUGCGGGACACUCCUUCCAAAAGGACCGCUGUCACGUUUGCCACUGUCCAAAUGACGGUGGGCGCUUAAUGUGUUCACCUAUCCCCGGCUGUGACCUUCGUAGUUCUAAUAACCCCGUGUGGGUUGCGACCACUGAGAACAACCACCCUUUGACAGACAUUAGCAGCCGUCGCCACAGCCAACAAACGAGUCCCGGAGAACCGUUUCCCAAGCUGGCACUGGGAAACGCUUUACCGCUGUAUAAGCAGGACCCACCCAGUCUUGGCACAGGGCGUUACGACUACGCACUGGAGGGGCCAACGUCUUCCACUGUCAAAAACCUGGCCCCGCCACUGGAAUCUACUACAGCAUCACCGACUUACCCCGAGGCAAGCUCCACUUCCAUCAGCAUCUCCCUCGAUGACCGGAGACAAGAGCUCAGGGAGACACAAGGGAGUUCUGAUCCAGAGACCAGCAGCGAGGCCGAGGUCACACAGAACGUGGAUCCAACCACGACGGGGGAUCGGAGCGAAACGUCGACGCCGACACAGAGAGUGACCGCGGAGCACCGCGGGCCGCAACAGGAACUCGGGGAAAGGACUAUUAGACCCGACAGCGGCAGAAACAGAGUGGCACAGGACGCUUUAAAAGAAGCGGCACAAGCCGCCCGUGCAAACGAGGGGAACAGGCCCUCUGGCCAUCAUAAACACGGUCAAGGCGGUCGCACCGGGAGUCAUGGCGGCUCCCAUUACAGCAGCCAUAAAGAAGAAGAAAGAGUGUCAGCGGAGUACAGGCCGCCACUUGGUAAAGAAGAGCAGACCUUGAACCCCACGAUACAGUUCAGUCCCACCAGCAGAGCUCCAGUCAGGAUGAGGGAGGAUAGAGAGCAGCCUCAAAGACAACCCCAAAGCCUCUUCAACUACGACUCCCAAGACGUGCUGGGAGAAACCGAAGUUCCUGCCAAGGAGCUGUUGAAGACCUGCUGCGAGACAGGGGAGAAGUGGGCUUCAGCUAAUGGUCACUGCAACAACAUGGAGCCACCCACAAAAGAUAGGCACUCCAUCUGCUGGACUGCCCAACAACAGUGCUGCCGCGGUUCCCUCGGAGAAGGCCGGUGUUUGGCUGGAAUGAACGCAGCCAGAGCCGGAACUAUGUGUCGAGAGGAUGCCAGCGACAAAUGUGGGAUUGAUUCCUACGAGGAGUGCUGCGACUGCUGCUCUCUGGGGCUGCAGUUCCUCCGCGAGGGGCAUCGCUGUGAAGCCCACCAGCACCUGGGCUUCCACUGCAGACACGUCUUUCUAACGUGCUGCGGGAAGGAGGAGAGCACCAACCAAGACGGCUGGCACUCCGUCAGAGAGAGGCCCGCUCUCGAGUCCACUCCGCUACCAAAGAAAAUAUCCGACAGCCCGUACCCGAAAGAGGCCUUCUCCAUCGGUGAGGAGCGGGAUGGGGAGAACGCAGUGGAGGUCCCUAAUGAGGCGGAGGACGUGGAUGAGUGCCUGGUGUACGAGGGCAGACUCUGCCUCCACAGAUGUGUCAACACGCCGGGCUCUUACCGGUGCGAGUGCCUCCCCGGAUACGCGCUGCAAGAGGACGCUUUCACUUGCGCGCGAGGUAAAGUGAACGAGGACGACAGACUGAGGGAGGACGACAGAGCGGCGGUGGAGCCCACCUCGCUGCUCCCGCCACCCACCCAGCCCGCCGUCCCGCCCAACCCCUGUGAAGGAAACGGCCCGUGUGAGCAAUACUGCACCUCCGUGGGCGGAAGGCCACAAUGCUCCUGUUUCCCAGGGUUCUCUCUGUCGGUGGCUGACGGACGCUCCUGUGAGGACGUGAACGAGUGUUCGUCCGGGAAUGUCUGCCGGUCGGACGAGCGCUGCCUGAACACUGCAGGGAGUUACGCCUGUCAGACACCCAUCACCUGUCCUCCGGGAUACCAGAUCAACGACGACGUCUGUGAAGAUAUCGAUGAGUGUGUGCAGCGGCGCCAUGACUGCGGCCUCGAUUUCGAGUGUGUGAACGCCGUGGGCUCGUUCAAGUGCGACCCCAAACCCCGAUGUCCCGUGGGCUUUAACCGGGACGCACGGGGCAACUGCAUAGAUAUCGAUGAGUGUGACGCCUCGGCCCAGCCGUGCAGCCCGGGACUCGUCUGCAUCAACACCGCGGGAUCCUACGUUUGCCGGAGGAAGAUGACGUGCAGCCGCGGCUACCACGCCGACGCUGACGGAUCCCGAUGCGUUGAUGUGGACGAGUGCCAGAGCGGUCUGCAUCGAUGCGGGGAGGGCCAGCUGUGCCACAAUCUGCCCGGUUCCUAUCGUUGUGAAUGCCAGACCGGCUAUCAGUUCGACUCGUUCAGGAGGAUGUGUGUCGAUGUAAAUGAGUGCUGGCGCUACCCGGGCCGCCUGUGUGCCCAGACCUGCGAGAACACCCCGGGCUCCUUUGAGUGCUCGUGUACCUCUGGCUUCCGUUUAACCGGCGAUGGCAAGAACUGUGAAUAUGUGAACGAGUGUCUGGCCACCCCGUGCAGUCAGGAGUGUGCCAACAUCUACGGCUCCUACCAGUGCUACUGCAGGCAGGGCUACCACCUCAGGGAGGACGGCCGCACGUGUGAAGACAUCGACGAGUGCUCCCAGAGCGUCGGCCACCUGUGCACCUAUAAGUGUGUGAACGUUCUCGGCAGUUACCAGUGCGCCUGUCCCGAAUACGGAUACGCCAUGUCGCCGAACGGACGCUCUUGCAGAGAUAUCGACGAGUGUGCCACGGGGGCCCAGAACUGCUCUCUGGCUGAGACCUGCUACAACAUCCAGGGAGGAUACCGCUGCCUCUCCCUCGACUGUCCACCCAACUACCGCAAAGUGUCCGACACGCGCUGCGAGCGGAUCAGCUGUCCCAACUACCUGGAGUGUCAAACCUCCCCUCUGAGGAUCACCUACUACUACCUCAGCUUCCAGUCCAACAUCGUCAUCCCCGCUCAGAUCUUCCGCAUCGGACCCUCGCCCGCCUACUCGGGAGACAACGUCAUCGUCGGCAUAGCGCAGGGAAACGAGGAGAACUACUUCGGCACCCGGAAGCUGAACGCCUACACGGGCGCCGUGUACCUGAACCGGCAGGUCGAGGGCCCGCGGGAUUUCUCCAUCAACGUGGACAUGAAGCUCUGGAGACAGGGGACGUUUACCACUUUCCAGGCCAAGAUCUUCGUCUUCAUCACGGCCAACUACCUCUAACGUCCUCGGAGAUGUGCCGUCGGCCACGAAAAGGACCUUUUUUACCCCCGUCCCCCCCGUCGCUAUGCCGACGAUGUCACAAAGUGCACCACUGUGCAGCCACGAUCGGUUUGAGGGGUUAUACUCGUCCAGUUGAAGCUGAUGUCCAAACACGGCUGUUAGAGAAGUGGAAUAUUCAGUCUUUUUUCACCACGAUUGCAUAAAAACAUCUGUAAUUAUUUUUCUUUUUUUUUGGUCUCCCUUAUUUCUCACUAUUGUGCAUGUCAUUAACCCCACGUGGCUCUAAAAGACCCAUCCGUACUCUCACAAAGCCAUUAAAAAAAAAGAACGACGUUGGAGCUAUACAAAGAUAUUUAUUAUCUAUUUGCCAUUGUUUUGGGAUUAUUUUAACCAGAUGUAAAAGCAUAAAAAGCGAGACUUGCCUCCAACAUUUCUGCUCUGUGGUGAAAGCAGAAGAAAUUGUUUUUCACGCCUCUCUUCUUUCACCCUGCGCUGUAUUCCACAUUAUAUCAUUUGAUAUUAUACUCUACAUGGUGUAUUUGUUUUAUAUAUCCCUGUAAUCAGACACAUUAUAAAUGGAUGUAUUAUAUUUCUUAGAUUUAUAAGUUGCAAAGUAUUUUAGUAAAAACAUUUUUUUUUUUUUUAAACACCAAUGUGGUUUGGGUGAGAAUUGGCUGAUUUUAUUUAUAAGGAGGAAUAUUAUUUGUAAAUCUUACUGGACAAACUUUGAUCA